AUGCUCAGCGGGCCCUUCGGCAGCGUCCUCUGGUCAUACAUACGCUCUGACCCCCGCGCCGUCAUCUCCACCAUGCAUGAGAACGUCAUGAGCGCCAGGGUACAGUGGCUGGCAUGCGGAAUCUUGCAGAGCUUGUCGUCCAACCCGGAGAAGAAGGAGGAGAUGGUGAAGCUCGGAGCGAUCCGAGCCGUUGCCGAGGCCAUGAGGAAGCACAAGGGGGUCGUGGCGGUCCAGAGGGAGGGGAGCGGUACCCUGUGGAACCUGGCGAGCUGCGAGGAGCACGACAAGAAGAUAGCGGAGGAGGGAGGCGUGUCGGUGCUGCUAGAGGCGAUCAAGCGCCAUGGCACGGACGUUCAAGUCUUCUGCAACGCGUGCUGGGCCCUCGUCAACCUCUCCGUCCGCCCGUCCUUCCGCUCCAAGAUCCUCCAGGAGGACGCGGCUGACAUCGUCAUCUCCGCCAUGAAGAAGCACCCCUCCCUUCCCCGCGUGCAGGAGACCGGGUGCCGCCUCCUGUCCAACCUCUGCCUCGACAGCGCAGCCAGGGCCCAGCAGGUUGCUCAGGCAGGCGCCAUCGACGUGGUCGUGCGCAGCGUCAAGGCUGCGCCCGGCAACACGCGCAUGGCGCUGCAUGCUCUGUGGACGCUGGGGAACCUGGCGCUGCAUGCGGACAACAGAGGGAAGAUGAAGAGGAACGGAGUGAUCGAGCUGGUGCUCAAGACCAUGAGGGUGCACAUCAAGAGUAGCGCGGUGAUGCUCAAGGGCUGCGUCCUGCUCAGCGCGAUGGCCGGCAGCCGCGACUGCGGGGAGGAGAUCCGGAGGGGAGGAGGAGAAGAGCUGGUGAAGGCUGUGAUGGACCAGCACGCCAAGAGCGAGGAGGUCAUGAGCAAGGCAAGGGAAUGCCAGGCGAUUCUGUCCCAGCUGGGGAAGUGA